GAGACUGACCAGGACUUCUUGUUGAUAAAGAGGAAAAGUCUUGCACGUCUGCUCUGAUGACUUUCAUCCAAUCGCGACAGAUCUUGAGUUUCAUCUCAGCAGAUCACCUAACUUGCAGGAGGUGAAACGCUGUCAUGAACGCGUCAGUGUUUGCUUUAAUUUUCCUUCUGCAGAUUUGUUGUCAAUGUAAUUGCCAAAAUGUGACGAGACCCAACAUUGUGAUGGUGAUGAGUGAUGCAUUUGAUGGUCGAUUGUCUUUUGAUCCUGGCAGCAAAGUUGUGCAACUGCCCUACAUUAACUAUCUCAGGGAGCUCGGUUCCACUUUUCUAAAUGCCUACACCAACUCUCCAAUCUGCUGCCCCUCAAGAGCAGCAAUGUGGAGUGGCCAGUUUGUUCACCUCACUCAGUCGUGGAACAACUUCAAGUGUUUAGAUGAAAAUACAACCACAUGGAUGGAUUUGCUAGAGAAGAGUGGAUAUCUCACCAACAUGAUUGGCAAACUGGAUUAUAUCUCAGGGAGUCACUCGGUCAGCAACCGAAUCGAGGCGUGGACCCGAGAUGUUCAGUUCCUCCUGCGCCAAGAGGGCCGGCCUGUUCCUGAACUUGUUGGGAACAUGUCGACUGUAAAAAUCAUGAGGAAAGACUGGCAAAACACAGAUGAGGCUACACGGUGGAUCCGCCAGACGGCUGCAUCUUCACACCAGCCCUUCGCUCUUUAUCUGGGCCUCAAUUUACCUCACCCAUAUAAAACUGAAUCUCUGGGGCCCAUUGCAGGAGGAUCCACCUUCCGUACCUCACCGUACUGGCUUAAAAAGGUGUCUUCUGAGCUAAUCACUGUUCCCAAAUGGUUGCCUAUGGCUGCCAUGCACCCUGUUGACUAUUAUUCCACUGUCACCAAAAACUGCAGUGGUGUUUUCACUGAGGAGGAGGUCGUAAGCAUUCGGGCUUUCUAUUACGCCAUGUGUGCUGAAGCAGACGCCAUGCUGGGCCAGGUGAUUUCAGCUCUGAGACAGACUGGCCUGCUCAGCAACACAGUUGUGAUCUUUACGGCUGACCACGGAGAGCUUGCCAUGGAGCACCGUCAGUUCUAUAAGAUGUCAAUGUUUGAAGGCAGUUCCCAUGUUCCCCUGCUCAUCAUGGGACCUGGACUCAUGUCUGGUCUGCAGGUCAACCAGCUUGUGUCUUUGGUUGAUCUCUAUCCCACUGUGCUGGACAUGGCUGGUGUUUCACAAGUGGGUAGUCUAAGUGGCCACUCCCUCCUUCCUCUAAUGUCUAAGUCCAGUGCUUUUUCUAAGAAGCAGCAUCCAGACUGGGUCCUGAGUGAAUAUCAUGGUUGUAAUGUCAAUGCUUCUACAUACAUGCUGAGAAGUGAACAGUGGAAAUACAUCACCUAUGCAGACGGCCUCAGUGUCUCCCCUCAACUUUUUGACCUUACACUGGACAAGGAUGAAAUUCACAAUGUGGUUCAUAAAUUCCCAGAUGUGCAGGCACACCUGGACAAGCUAUUGCGUAGCAUUGUAGACUAUCCACAAGUCUCUGCAGCUGUUCAUAUCUACAAUAAAAAAGCAUUUGGUGCAUGGCGCAGAAGUUUGGGGAAAAACUACAGCCAUGUCAUUGCUAACCUGAGGUGGCAUGUGGAUUGGCAAAACGACGUGAUAGCCAAUGAGAGAGCUGUUGAUGAGUGGCUGUAUGGCUCUUUUUGAGGAUUUUAUUAUUAUGAUGGUUAACUUUGAGAUGUUUAUUAUAGCGAGCUGGAAUCGCACUUUGACUAAACUUGGAUUUUUAUUUUUACUCAUACAUCUUUGACAAUAGAGAGUCAUUGAUGGGCUCUAUGGUUUUUCAUUAUAUUUUCUGUAACAUUUGAGUGAGUAUGGUUAAACUGGGACACCUGGCAAGUUUAUACAGUUCAGAUUUUCACUGUCUUUUUUUAGGAAUAAAUAAAAAUAACUAAAAAACAGUAUUAUAGCGUUGUUGUCAAGGCAUUUGAUGGAAAAAAAUCAACUUCACAUGGGUAUGAUCAUAAUGAUCAUUAAAUGGUCAUUAAAGUGGGCAUGGCAUUAUGUAAAAUUACAUUUGAAUACAGAAUCACAGUGAAAAGUCAAAUGAUAAUGAAUGCUUAUUACUCUGAUUCACUGUUAUAUGAGAAAAUCUUUUUUGAGGAGUACAUAAUACAUGCUGUAUUAAAAUAAAAUUUCUAAAUUGUAUCAAAUGAUAUUUUUCUUGAAUAUGCUGGCAGAUAAAAUAAACCAGCAUAGCCAUGUUUCAGCUUGCUGACUUAAUAAACACAAAGCUGUGUUGCUGUA